AUGGUAACUCCAGGUCACACAGUUUCUCUGGCGCUGCUGUUGUUGCUUGCCUUUGUUGUUGCAGAUGCCAUUCGACCAUUGAAAGAGGGACCAAUGAUCGAUUCUGAGGGAAGGGAAUAUAAAUCUGCUAUAUCUAGAAUUGACGAGGAAAACAUCAGCGGACCACAACUCACAAAUGACAGAUCUACUGUCCAUGUACAAUGCACAGAAGCAUCAAUGAUCGUUCAUAUAAGGGCUGACUUGUAUGGAAAAGGACGUUUUGUGUCUCCUGAAGAGUUUUUUUUGGGAGAAGUGGAGCAUUCGGAGGGCAGUUGGUGCCAAGCUACUGCUACUAGUGACACUGAAUAUGUCAUAGAAGCUCAACUGCAAGACUGUGGCUCUGAGUUAACCAUGACUGAGGACUUUAUGAUCUACUCAAACAAGCUGAUAUUCUCACCAGCUGCCAGUUAUCAUGGCAUUGUAAGGAUGGCCGAUGCUGUGGUUCCAGUUUCCUGUAGCUAUAAAAGGACACACUUAGUAAGCAGUAACACUCAGCAGCCGCCCCUCACACUCUCCACCCCUACAAAGCCUUCAACGGGGAACUCUGCUUUCUCUCUAAAGCUGAUGACUGAUGACUGGACAAGAGAGAUUUUCUCCAGUGUCUUUUAUCUUGGAGACAUCCUGCACCUUGAGGCGUCUUACACUGAUCCUGAUGCAGCAGCAAGACAACUCUUCAUCGACAGCUGUGUUGCCACUCUGACACCUGAUGUAACAUCAGUCCCCAGAUACUAUUUCAUUGAAAACAAUGGGUGCCUCACUGAUUCAAAAGAGGAAGGAUCAAAUACACUGUUCAGACCUCAAGUAAGGGCUGAUACGCUUCAACUGGAGCUCGAUGUCUUCAUGUUUCAUCAGGAUCCGAGGAACUCAAUAUUUAUCACAUGCCAAAUGAAGGCUUCUUCUGAAGUGUGGAAGAGCAGCCCCAUCAACAAGGCCUGCAAUCAUGUGAAUUCAAGAUGGGAAAAUGUGGUUGGAAAUGAUGACGUUUGCCGGUGUUGUGACGGUAUGUGUCACGGAAGUUCUCCCAAAGGUGACAAAUGA